AAUUUUUCUUCAAAUCAGUUGAAUGGCAUAAGUUGGCUGGAACGGACGCAAUUUUCUAUCUUUCGUUCUAUUGAUGUUAAAUAUUAUUACCACUCCACAACAUUAAAAUAUAACACAAAAAUUGUGUAUUCGGAUUUAACAAUAACGGUUAAUGUUGAUUUUAGCAUUUCAUUUACUAAGUUAAAGAAGACGAAUUUUUUUUUUGUUUCUUAAUUUUGUUUUCGGUUUAUAAUUUUUUUUGGUCGGUGUCUGUCGGUCUAUAAAAAAUUGUUUCCCGUAACUAAAUAAAUUAAAUUAAAAAAAAUAUUAAAUUUUCGUCUAAUUGAAAUGUUGUUAGUGUUGUGAUUAAUAUAAUUUGUGACUGGAUUUUAGUUAAUUUUAUCGUUAAAGAGAAGACAUCGGCUAUAAACUUUCGUGUGACACAUUGCACAUAACACCAGCAUAUAUACAAUAAAAAUAUAGGACCAUGGGCUAUCAUCACUUGGCUAUUGGACUGUUCCUGUUACAAAUUUUUUACAAUAAUUUAUGUAAUUGUCAAAUCCCACAAUCAUUCGAUGAUACAGAAACAUUACCAUCACCACGGGCAUACACGCCCGAUGUCGGUCUCUUAGAUUUCGUUUACCACAAUCAUGACGAGAUGACAAGAUUUCUAAGGACGACGAGCGCUAGGUAUCCAAACUUGACUGCCCUCUAUUCAAUCGGUAAAUCUAUCCAAGGCCGUGACUUAUGGGUAAUUGUCGUGUCUUCUUCACCAUACGAGCACAUGGUUGGCAAGCCAGACGUUAAAUACAUAGCAAAUAUUCAUGGAAAUGAAGCCGUUGGCAAGGAGUUAAUGUUGCAUUUAGUGCAGUAUUUCGUCACGAGCUACAACACCGAUCCCUAUAUCAAAUGGUUGCUAGACAACACUCGUAUUCAUAUUUUACCAUCGCUCAAUCCAGAUGGGUAUGCUGUAUCGAAAGAAGGAACUUGUGACGGCGGACAAGGAAGAUACAAUGCACGCGGUUUCGAUUUGAAUCGAAAUUUCCCGGAUUAUUUCAAGCAGAAUACCAAACGUGAACAGCCUGAAACCGAUGCAGUUAAGGAGUGGAUAUCGAAAAUUCAAUUCGUUUUGAGCGGUUCGUUGCAUGGCGGUGCCCUGGUAGCUAGUUAUCCAUACGAUAACACCCCCAAUUCCAUGUUCCAAAGCUAUUCGUCACAACCCUCGCUUACUCCCGAUGAUGAUGUGUUCAAACACUUAUCGUUAACAUACGCCAACAAUCAUGCCAAAAUGUCACGAGGGGUUGCCUGUAAAUCAGCAACACCGUCCUUCGAAAACGGAAUUACCAAUGGAGCUGCAUGGUAUCCGCUGACCGGUGGAAUGCAGGAUUACAAUUACGUUUGGUACGGCUGCAUGGAAGUGACUCUGGAAGUUUCCUGCUGCAAAUUUCCACCGGCCCAUGAACUUCGAAAGUACUGGGAAGACAAUCAACUUUCGUUGGUUAAAUUUUUAGCCGAAGCGCAUCGUGGCGUACAGGGCUUUGUUAUGGACUCAAAUGGUCUUCCGAUCGAACGGGCUUCGCUAAAAAUAAAAGGACGUGACGUAGGCUUCCAAUCCACAAAAUACGGAGAAUUCUGGAGAAUAUUAUUGCCUGGAAUCUACAAACUGGAAGUGUUCGCCGAUGGCUAUGCACCGCGUGAAGUCGACUUUAUGGUUAUUGAACAGCAUCCCACUUUGUUGAAUGUAACAUUGCAGGCAUCUAAGAGAAACGACGGUCCGUACAACAACUAUCGUCCCGUAUCAGCGGCUCAACAACAACAUUACAGACCUCAGCCGGACCGAGACCAAGGAAUACUUUCAUCACUCAGUAGUGGAUUCAAUAGUCUUGUUAGCAAUAUAUUUGGAUAGAUAGAAGAGACGGGCGUAGAGAGAGAUUGUAGUUUUAAUUUUAAUUUCUUUUUGGUUUGUUUUUGAAAUGUCGGAAAGAGUUCGUUACGUUUCUUUUGCUUUAAUUUAUGAAUUGAUCUUUGCAGACAAUAAAAUGAACAAAAAUUUACACGUUCGACGCAAAACAUUACUCUGAACGAUAAAUUUCUCCCCGGUAUGCCCUUUUAUUUGCUUAUUUUUUUUUAGAAAUGAUAUUUUGUACAGCACUGCUUCUAGCAUGAACAAAGAAAAUAUUCGGGGGCUGAUGAAAUCACGGUUGGCUCUUCUUUUGUAAAGAUUGAUGACCUGAUUUCAUUGCAUGCAAUACAAGCAAUCCUAAGCGGUGUUAUCACUAAAGCCUCCAAAUUGGACACUUGUUAAUUCAGUGUUCAUGCUGUAGUAGCAGAGCUGUGUAUUUUGUCAAAAUUUUGGAUCACAAUCUUCGGCUUAAUUAUUGUAGAGGCACUGAGAAUCCACCUCCACAAGUCUCUUCAUCUAAAUUAGUAGGAAGGGAGUCUCUUCAAAAUGGAACAGUAGCCAAAUUUUGCUCAGUAUGUUACAUCAUUGGUCAAUUAAGUCAUGAUUCCACGAGUUUGAAUGUGUUUGUAUAAUGUGAUUUUCACAUGAGGAUAUAUACGAGCGCACACAUUGAAAUGAGUACAUUUGACUCACUUAUUUGGCCAAGACUGUGUUAUAAUUUACUUGCUUCUACCUACACCGAGAACCGUUCUUUUCAUCAAUGAACGAUGCCCUCAGCAUAUAAAACAUUGAACGUAACUCGGCUUCGUCUCGUAUCAACAAACUUUAAUCGAAAAUUCAUAUUUGUCCGUCCUUGUGACGUAAUAGAUAUUCAUGCAAGUAGAACUGUGAAACAGUAUCUCGGUUCGAGAUGGAGUAAUUGGUUCGAGACGAAGCCGAGUGAUGUCAAGGGUGUUCUACUGAAGUAGGUAUCAAUGAUACACUACACAUGAAACAACUUACCGGGCGCUGAUGUAAUAAUAAUAUUUAUUGGCUGUACUGUGUACUGUGCAUUCAAACCGAGGGAACCAUUGUAUGGAGACUUCGUGUCUUUAUUGAAGCUCGUUUCGUUUACUCUUCCACUUUCUUAGUUUAUUAUUUUUUCUAAAGGGUUUUUGAGAAAACUGACAGUGUUUGUAAUGUUUGGAAACUGAAUUUUGAUAGACGAUUGUGCACAUACCGAUAAUAUAGAUUUUCGUUGUUGUAAAUAAUGUUUUGUGUCGAUUAGAAAUCUAUUGCUGAAAGUGCUGCGACCAAUUGCUGGAACAGAUACAUACAAAUAUAGGUUAUAAUGUACUAAUUGUUGUUAUAUUUCGUAGAAAAAUGUUAGAAAAUUUUCAUGCAGAAUAUUUCUAAGUUUUACUUUUAGAAAUAAUUUUUAGUUUCGACUUUUUCUUUUGUCCGCUGAAUUUGAAUUGUAUUUUAUAGUUU